AUGUCAUUACAAUCGUCCACUUACCCAGACCCUGGAUUUUUCACGGCGACAUCGCUCAUCCAAUUCGGCUAUGGUAUUUGGGUGAAUCUGUCUAUUGUUAUGGUGGGUCUUGCGUUUAGUUUCCCAGCUGUGGCCUUACCGCAGUUGAAUAGCCCAGACUCAGAUAUUUCGUUAAACAUAAGUCAGGAGUCUUGGAUUGGCAGAAUUAUAACUGGUAUUGGAGUAGGCAUGAUAAUGAGCGUGCCCCGGGUCUACCUGACUGAGAUAUCUCUGCCCAAUAUGCGAGGCGUCAUCGGCUCCUUUCCUAACGUCGCUAUGUCUAUUGGUAUUACUGCUCAAGCCGGUCUAGGCGCCUCCUUCCACUGGACAACCCUAUGUCACUUCGCCGGCUUUUACGCUUUCGGAUUAUUCUUCCUCAACUUCCUCCUACCUGAGACACCGUAUUACCUCCUCGAAAAGUCUACCAUUGACGACGCCGAGAAGGCGUUGAAGAAGUUCCGAUCCAAGAAGCAUAAUAUAGAUGCGGAGAUGGACGAAUUGAUGGAUUUUAAAAUCGAUAAUAAUAUACGAAAGUUAACUUUAAGCGAACAGUUUGCAGCGUUAUUUCGAAAGUCGUCGUGCAAGCCGUUUUGGUUUAUCAUGGUUUACCUCCUGAUAACUCAAAUGUCUGGUGUUACCAUACUGGUUAUGUGGGCUGUUGACUUCUUACAGAACUCCAAGUCUUCAGUUGAUCCUCAUGCGGGCAACGUAAUGUUGGGGAUUACGAGAUUGCUAUCAGGAAUUGGUACUUCGAUACUCAUCUUCAAAGCUGGAAGAAGACCACUUGCCCUUAUAUCAGGUCUGGGUGUUGGUAUCGUCUGCUUGACUCUUGGUAUCAUGAUUCAAUACAAGAAAUACCCAACUGUUUACCCCCAAAUAUGCUAUAUUGUUUACGUCAUAUUUGCAUCACUUGGUCAUUACACUCUUCCCAUACUGGUUAUGUUUGAACUGUAUCCUUUGCAGGUGCGAGGUGUCCUCGGCGGUAUUUCAAUGUCAAUAUUAAACUUCAUGAUUUUCGGAGCGAACAAGUCCUUUCCGUAUUUGCGGGAUAAAAUCGGAUUUCCCAAUACCGUGAUAUGCUUUGGGUGCAUUUUCCUCCACUUCUACCUACCAGAAACAAAAGGGCUCACGUUACAAGAAAUAGAAGAGUACUACAACGAUCUCCGUCCCACUCUCACAUCCCAGCGGCGCAUACGAUCCGAAAUGCACAUCCAAGGCCUGGGUGGUAGCGCGAGUAGAUCAUUAAUGCGCAUGGACCGAAUGAGGGAUAGAUCUUAUAACGCGAAGAAACCCACCAUAAAGACGUCGCAAGAGAAAAGUGAGGAACCGAACAAUGAUAAGGAUAAAUAG